AUGAUAGCAGAAAUUCUCCUCCUUCUGGCGGGACAUUCAUCGUCUCUAUUCACCAAGGAUUCUUCCCUCAAUCCAGCUCUUGCUCCCCUUCUACAUCCAGGCGAACAGCAGUGUCUAGAAUCACUCGGCCUCAUUGCAUUUCGGUACCGAAAAAUCAAGGUCUCUUGCAGCACUCUUUCGCGCUCGUCAUCUCGCUAUAUAUGUGCUCUUUGUGCGACUCUGAGCCAUAUUCUGAAAGAAGAAUACGAAUCUUUAGUUAUCGAGACAGAGGCAAAGAUCCUAAGGCGCGAUUCUGCGCUUGUUGGAAGUGGUGCGUUUGUGCCAUUGUCAUCUGUACGUGCGAUCUUUUCAGAAUGGGAUGCCCCACUCGCCGCCCUUUCCACGCUCAUGGAUGAGUUGGAAUCAGAGAAACAAUGGAAACCCGGACCAUUGAUUGAUAUGUUAUUGGCUCGCUCAAGGACGGGCGUCUACCGCAUUGCGGAUAUUAUCUCGCGAAUAUCGAUCACCGUUCAAGGUGUAUGGCGAACCCAAUUGACGGCGUUCAUCGUCCACGGGUCUUUAUCACCAACGGAUCCUCUGGCAUCUGAGGACUAUGUACUCAAGGAAGGGCACAUUCCUUCUUGCGUUUCAACUCAGACCCGGGACUCCAUUGCAUAUGUGGGUCGAGCCAUCGGAACCAUCAAUGCUGUGAGGUGGCAGAAGCAACUCCCAAGGGAUAUAGCUUCUGAGCAUACUAUGAUGUUAGAAUCCGUGCUGCCAGAAGACCAGCAUGCAUUCGACCUUGUAAUCUCGCAGAUCAGAACAAACGUCGGCGAGUGGCUUUGGCUUAAUGUUCUGACCCGCAAUGAUAUUGAAGGCGCUCUCGACUCAUUAGGAAACUACUUCCUUCUUCGGAACGGGGAGUUUAGUCUUUCUUUGAUUCGUGAAAUCGAACGCCUCAAGACUUCGCGUUUGGCAACACGCGCGGGAUCGACAUCCAUGAUUCGCGAGCAGGAUCUCAAUUUAGCUCUCCUUCGCGCUUCCCUUGGAACGACGGCCCAGCAUGACCCAUAUCUAGCUCGCUUGCGUUUCUCCCUUCCUUCUGGACCUCUUCGACCUCUCCUGCCGUCUUUGAGCAGCCCGAAAGGACAAUCCUCGCUACCAUCAACUCACGGGGGGGCGUCCAGCACGUCACUCUUCAAUACUCAUCUUCUUGGCACACCAUUGUCAUUGUGCUACUCCAUCUCUUGGCCUUUGGAUUUAUUUCUUGAUCGCGCAGACCUCUCGGCUUACGCGACGCUUUUCGCCUUUCUUUCUGCACUACGCAAAACACAUACACGGGUAAACACCUGUUGGACUUCUCUUUCUAAUGCGCAACGCGCACGUCGGCGGUGGACUGGUCUCGGCGAAGGUGGAACCACAGAAGAUUCAGAUGUUCGAAAACGACUAUUAAGGUGUGGAUGGGGGAUUGUAAGGGAUAUGGGGUGGUUUUUAGACACGCUCUCCGGGUAUGUGUUGAUGGAUGUCGUGGAUGUGGAAUUCAGAAAACUAAAGGAUCGGGUGGGCAAAGAAGGAAACGGUUCCUCUGCACGAGCUGAGAGCAAUGUCGCCUCGCAAAGCCAUGCUGACACCCACAAUGCCUCAAUACCAUCCGGUACUUCUUCUCAUUUAGAUUUUACCACCCUUCGAACCAUCCAUACUGGCUAUCUCGACCGCCUGCUCAAUGGCUGUCUUCUGACCAACCCCUCACUCACCGCCAUCCUCCAACCGAUCUUGGAUGUUUGUGAGCGAUUCGUAGCUCAAGUUGAGAGGUGGGGUGGUGAUGUGCUGCCAGCAUUGUUGUUUGAGGGUAGUCUGAAAGAGGGCGACGACCAAGUUGGUGCGAUGGUCAAAGAACGCUGGCUUGUUGUAGCUGAAAUCGAUCAGACAUUGCGUGAUCUACUGGAGUCUUUCUAUGAGCAACUGACAGCAUCUACGUCACAGCAGCCUUUCUCAUCUGGGAUGGACACAUCUAAGUCGAUGUUUCUGCCAGGUGCCAACCAAACAACUGCGAAUAUGUCGAGAAAUUCCAAAGGAGUUGAGGGGACAGACGACAGUCGAAGGCACGUUGAACGAUUACUGCUUCGUCUUGAUUUUAAUGGGGGCCUGUCGAAAGCAAGGAGGAAGAUAUCGGGAGGGAUCUUGGCUGAGGGUGGGCUUGAGUAGUAAAAAAUGAAUUUUAUUUAUUUAAAU